CAGAUCAAACUUCAUACUGCACUGAGGGAGAGAGGCGUAUGUGUGUGUGUGUAUGUGUGUGAGGAGUCGCGCUGUGUAUGAGUGAAACUUCAGACUACUAAUGGGGAGUGAACCGAGAACCUGACCAGUCUGUCACUGUCCUAGUGUGUUUUGUCCAAAGAUGGCCAGGCACAACAUCUGCUACCAUGACCAGCCCAUGGCCUUUUUCUACAACAACAGCAACAUCACCUCGGACGAAUGGGACCGCACGCAGCUCAUCCUGGUUCAGUGUGUUGGCUCAAUCUGCUGUUGUUUCAUCCUGGUAGCCAAUGCCAUGAUCAUAGCAGCGGUGGUGACAAACAAGAGGUUUCACUACCCUUUCUACUAUCUCCUCGCCAACCUCGCCGCCUCAGACUUUCUCGCCGGAAUCGCUUACAUCUAUCUCAUGUUCAACACAGGGAAAAUAUCUCGUGAUCUAACUGUUCAAGGCUACUUUUUUCGUCAGGGUUUGCUGGACGCAAGUCUCUCCGCGUCUCUGACAAACCUCCUGGUGAUCGCCCUGGAGCGCUACAUCUCCAUCAUGAACUUUAAGGUUCACAGUAACCUCACCAAACGCAGAGUGACUCUGUUGAUUGCCCUAGUAUGGGGUAUCUCCAUAUUCAUGGGUGCCGUUCCUAGUUUGGGCUGGAACUGUAUCUGCAGUCUGGAUCUGUGCUCUAAAUUGGCCCCCAUCUUUAGCCGUAGCUACCUGAUCUUCUGGUCUGUGUCCAACCUGGUGCUCUUCCUCAUCAUGGUGGGCGUCUAUUUGAGGAUUUACGUCUAUGUGAUGAAAAAGACUGUUGUCUUGAAGGCGCACACUUCUGGAUCUAUGAAUCGCAAAAGGACGCCAAUCAAGCUCAUCAAAACUGUGAUGACCGUGCUAGGAGCGUUUGUGAUCUGCUGGACGCCUGGACUCGUGGUUCUCCUCCUGGAUGGGCUGAAGUGCGAGCGCUGCGAGGUGCUGAAGUUCAAGCGCUGGCUGCUGCUCCUCGCCGUCCUCAACUCCGUCAUGAACCCCAUCAUCUACUCCUACAGAGACGAGGAGAUGUGGAACACCAUCAAGAACCUGCUGCGCUGCAGUCGCAGUGGCACGAGGCGACAGCGCUCAUCCAAAGCCAACAUCCAGAGAGAAACCACCAGCAGCCUCAAAGAAAACACAACCGAGGACAGCAAAGUGUCCACGCAGGAGAUGCUCAAAUCCUGAACACCGCUUUAUUAAUCAAACUGAUAAGUUAAUCAAUCCUCCUGCAGGUGAGGACUACUCAGUAGAGACGCCAACGAUUAAUCGACGAUGAGUUCAUUGUUGAUAAUCCUUUAAAUCAAUACACUUUAUUGACGGUCGAUUGAAAACGGAUGUCAUUAAUGUGCACAGUUUUGAGGAUCUGGGAAAAACACGUAUAGCAGAUGCGAAGGGAAAACAAAGUGAGUUUAUUAAAAACUCAAUGGUACUGUUCUUGAAGGAACAGCACAGGACAUCCGUUUACCGUCCAAAGAUUUUGUAUUCUGUGGACAGAUAAUCGGAAAUGGAUUAACAUCAAGUCUAAUUCAUCUGGGACGUUUAUUUCAUGAACAUGUAACGUAUAAAUAUUUUUAUUUUUAUGUGAGGUACAUACAGACUGAUGAAGUGGACUUCAAAACGAAAUGGCCUAAGCCUUCACCACGUCAUAGACAUUUAAGAGUAAACGUUUUCCAUAUUUCCCUUAAUAUGCACAAUAUCCUUUGCACAUUUAGGAAGAAAAUAACCCAUUUACAGUAACAAAACUAGCUUUCUCACACGAGCCCCUUUCACACUUUUAACAUCACUAAAUUGCAGUAAAAUUAUUUGGUCAAUUUAAACACGCAUUAUUCACACCAGCAGCUUUCACAUCCUUUCAGCUGUUUUGUCCCGGAGACAAACCAAAAUAUUGAACUAUAAGAGAAAAAAAUUUGCUAGCAUCCGAAGGCAGAGGCACUACCCGUGGCUAAAAACAAAAGAUUUAUGCGUCAUUCACACUAGCGGCGAAAUUUGUAGCUGCCUGUUGCUCAGGGGUGCGUUUCCUAAACAACGACGUACUGUAACUUGUGGCUGAAUUAUCAUAGUACGAUGCAUCUUUUGGGAAAAGAAUGAUGUAGUGAUGAGUUUCUCCCAAAACCCCUAGUUUCUCUGUCGCAGAUCCAUCGUUUGACUCACGUUAGUUAUAAUGUAAAACGCCCAUAAUGAUGCUCUAAACGGGGUGGUAACAUCUUCUUUAGAGAAGAACCCUGUAAUUUGUGCUAAUUAUAUUGUUUUAUAUAUUGUUUAGGAUAUUGUUUAUUUAUUUUUUUAUAUUUCUAAGUCUACUUUUACAAUUUGACACAUGUAAACAUCUGCAGAAAUUUUCUAACCAACAGGCUCAUGUCAUAUGCAGUACAGAUACUUAAUAAAUAACCUACUGUAAAUUAAAACCAUUAACGUAUGCUAUAUAUUUUGGUUUUCACAAGCUUUGAAGACGUAACGUAAAUUCUGCUUUUAAAUAAUAGGUCACCUAUAAGCUUUCCUCAUGAGCCAUGGCUGUGUUCAAUAUGACAUCAAUGUUUUCAAAGUAACUGCAAAGGGAGUGCAAUUGUAGACAUGAAGAUCGCUAAAACUGAACUGUAAAAAUACUUCGAAAGCAAAUUACACCUGAGAGAGAUAACUUUGAUGCUUUUUUAAAAAUAAUUCUAAGUUUAAAUGUUAGAAUGUUCUAACUGAAUAGGGCAUAAGGGGAGAUAACUGAGAAUAGAUCACAGCCAGGAACUAUGUUUCUAACUAUAGCUCCAGAGGCGUAGUUGCAAGCAUACAAGUUUUCAAAUGUUCGUUAAAACGAAGGAUUUUGGAAACUCCAAAUCAACGAACUCCGUUUGUAACGACCAAACUUGUGACCAUAGUUGGCUAGCGAUGGUUUUCGGAAACGUACCCCAGGGUGGCAAUUGAAACCCUUCACGGUGAUAUUAACAGAGAUCGAACGAGUUUACUUGAAAGUAAACAUUGUUCAGAGAAAACACUAAAUAUAAAUGGAAUCAGUACAUAAAACGCCUAUUUACAAAGAAGAUCAAGAAAAUCAAACUGUUACCGUCGUGUAGGAUUUUCGUCACAUUUUGCAACAGGAUAAUAUAUAAACACACAGCUGUUUGACACUAUUCUCUGCACCUACCAAAUCAGUAAAGUGAAUCACUGAAUCCCUAUACUGCUUGCGGUAUCAAAUUACAUUAAAACAACUCAUCCAGCAGUUCAUACUCUCAUCCAAUAUCUCGUUUGUCACGGGGGCAUGCAUGAAAUGUUUCUGAAUGAAAGUGAAAGUACCAAACUGCAGUUAAAGUCAACAAAUUAAAAAUGACAUGAAACUCUGGAGGAAAUGUGGAUAGCGUGAUGACUCAAUGACGUUAAUCGAAUUAUGUGCGAUUACAUGUAAAACAGGAUCAUGAAAGGAACAUUCAAAAAGCAACUCACGUAAACACCUUCAUCAUAUUAUUGUCCUAUUCAGAUUAAGGCAAAUAAUUUAAUUAACUUAUGUAAACAUAGUCAAUGAUUCAAUUUACUAUAUAACUAGCCUUUUAUUUGCAGUAAAAGCAUUUUCCUCUGUGAGGAUGCUUGAUUUUGAGUGUUGAUUACACAUCUUGUUCACAGUGUGCCACUGAAAUAGGCACACCUUUAAUAUUUAGGGUUAAAGAUUAAUCGAUUAAUUGAUUGUUCAUUUAAAUGAUGAAAGAUCAUGGGAAUCUGUGGAAAUUGACAUACCUAUUACAAACAAAUGCGCUUUUAUUUUUCUCCACUUUUUUAUUGAUCAUUUCCCGCAUAAGCUCCUCCAUGUCCAGACAUGUUCCUCUCCGACAGCAGUGCACUUGUAAGGUUUAACUUUACCUUGUCACUCUUCGCCUAUUGACAAUAGUUUUUUCAACAGAUUGAAUACAAACACUGUGCUAGCUUGAAAUCUGUGUCCAUCUGUUGGUUUAUUAGUAUGUUGUACUGUACUGCAUUUUUAGAUCUUGAAAUAGAUGUAGAUUUGUAGGUUGUAGAUCAUCUUGUAGAUAUUAUGUACGCAUUCGAGCAAUGUCAUGUGCAUUUCGUAGUCUUCACGUGUGAGAAUAAUGACUUUAUAAAAGUUUGUACUGUAUAUAGAUGAUUAUUAUCGUGAUUAUAUGGUCAGUUGUGUAAAUACAAAGAGGUACAGCUAAUAUCUGUUUGUGUAUGAUGUUCACUUGAUUCAAUAUGACAAAUUCUUUGUGUAUAAAUG